AUGGCACUUACUGCGGAUACUGAUUCGAUUACGAACGGCCAUGUGCUAAGCAAUGGAUGCCUUCCCAUUCCCGGUCAGAAUGAAAUCACCAAUGCCUCUCUCGAAAGCCUGGCACCAUUCAACGUCAUUCCGCAGAAGCUCGCAAGCAUGGUAGUCACGAUCUCGAACACACCGACUUCUGAUGAAGAGGAUGCCUCGAUCACCCUCAUCUCCACCAAUAUCUUGGAGAUCAUCUUCGACUACGCGUUGAACAAAUUUGACGACUGCCGAGAUCGGCUUGAGGCUGGAAGACCCAAGUUCAUAUCGGUUCUCAACAAGUUUGUCAAAGCAGGGGUCCGGAUCGAUAUGUGUCUUCCAGCAUUCCCUUUCAAAUCAGCGAACAAAGUCUACAAGGCUCUCGGUUUUCUGCCCGACAAGGCCGAGGAGAUCGCCUUGGCCCGGUUGCACAACAUGUGUAGGCGUAUUGAGGAGAUAUAUGCACCGGGUGCUCACGUUGUCAUCAUUUCGGAUGGGCUUGUCUACAAUGGCAUUUCAGAUAGAGACACUUGGCAUUAUGGGCAGGCUCUACGAGAAAUGGCCGUCGAAAAGGCAUUCACCAAUAUCGGAUUCUCCAGAUUGAAAGACUUUGUAGAUUUCAAAUUACCGGACUCCUUGGACGAGAUUUCCUACGUCGCCAACGCUACCAACUUCCGUCGUUUCAUUCUCAACAAGUUUGGGAAAGAUGACCUAGACAUAGAUCAGCUGAUUGCCGAUGACGAAGAUACUCGACUGACCUAUCAAGGAUAUCGAAGGUUCUUGAUGUCAGACUUGCGGCACAUCUACACGCUCGGGGGAGCACGGACCAGCAACACAUACAAGAGGGAGACGAAGUAUUUAGCCAAGCAAAUGCUGGUUCGAGGCUACGCCUUUGCGGGAGCGAUCAAGCAGAACUUCCCAAAUCAUCUACGACUUUCGAUCCAUCAGUCUACCGGAGAGCACAAAGUUUCCAUGAGCUUGCUGAACACCAAAACCGGGUUCACGACCCCUUGGCACUGCAGUGUCGCUCUGAUGGCUGACGGAGAAUGGAUGAGUGCACCGAUGGGAGACUUCAAGGAGAAUCCGAGAAUGAAAGUGGUUGAAGAAAAAGGCCGUCCAAGUUACUUUCGAGAAAUGACAGAGGAGGAAUUCCUAGAAGAACAAAAUUUAGCAGACCAGGCCGCCGCCGUACAAUUGGAAAAGCCGGCCGUCGACCAAGAUCAGGAGCAGGAGAGAAACGAAAACUUUUUCCACUGGGAGAAUCUUUCUUAUGAUGUCAAGAGUGGCGACAAGACCAAAAGACUUCUAGAUCAAGUCGAUGGGUGGCUGAGGGGUGGAACGUUGACGGCAUUGAUGGGUGUCGGUGGCGCUGGUAAAAGCAUUCUGCUAGAUGUCUUGGCCAAUCGUCCGACUUCCGGUGUCGUCCAUGGCGAUAUUCUGGUGAAUGGUCAGGCUCGAAACAUUGCCUCCAAGAACACGGCCGGUGUUGUGCACCAGCCUGAUUUGCAGUUUCCUGCCGCGACUGUCAGGGAAGCAUUGAUCUUCAGUGCGAUACUGAGGCAACCCAAAACGACCCCAUACGUUGAGAAGAUGGCCUAUGUUGAGGAAGUUCUUCACCUCAUUGGUAUGGAAGCAGUUGCCGAUACAGCCAUGGGAACAGUUUUGAAUAGCGAACAACGAAAACGACUGGCGAUUGGAAUCGAGCUUGCUGCCAAACCUACCAACGCGCUUUUUCUCGAACAACCGCUGUCGGGACUGGACAGUCAGGCUGCUCUAUCUAUAUGUGCGCUCCUGCGGAAGCUUGCACAGAAAGGCUUGGCUAUCCUGUGUACCAUCAAUCAACCGUCUGCACGGCUUCUGCAGUCUUUUGAUCGACUGAUCCUGCUCGCCAAGGGAGGCAAACAGCUAUAUUUUGGUAAAAUAGGUGUCUCUUGCAAGACGGUGACCAGAUACUUCGAACAAAACGGGGCCAGACCAUGCAAUGCAGAGGAGAACCCUGCAGAAUGGGUGUUCGAGGUCACCGGUUCCACGGCUGAUUCUGACAGUCCACAAGAUUGGCCAGAGGCUUGGAACAGUUCUCCCGAGCGGAAGGCUGUGAAAAGUAAACUUCUUCAGCUGAAGGAAAAGUUUGCGGCGCAGCCGGAAUCGGUCAACGAUCCCAGUUCCUCGGACACGAUUCAGCAGUCAGUCGCUGGAUUUGACGUGAUGGACCUCCAGCGUGAGUCGGGAUAA